AUGAAGUGUUUUUUGCUUUUCCUCAUUUGCUACCUCGUAAUCCACCACACUUUCUCAUUUAUGACCAUCAAGAAAGAACCGCAUGAUCGCUCUCGAUGUUAUAUUUAUCUUAAAAUUAAACCACAAUAUCAGCACAACAAUGAAAAGGAGCAAGAAUCCGCUUCCAUUUUUUCAUUAGUAACAACAAUCACAACAAUUCUACAAGGAGGAACCAUUUUCAAUUGCUUCCGGUACUACAAGAAAUUCAAGUGCAUCUCAACAGUCGAUGAUAUCCUUAUCAACUUGUACUCCAAUCUGCUAUCAGAGAUGCAUGAAGAAGCAAUACUCUCAUUGUCAACAAUCCUGUCAGAAUACCUGUAA